AUGAAGUUCAUUGAUGAGGUUGACAUUGAACUUGUGAAUCAAGAGCUCAAUUUCCAUUCACAGGAUAACAAUUUAGUUAUCCGUGGAGGCUGUGACCUCUUCACCACAAAGCCCAUGAGUGCUGAUCGGAAACUUUUUAAAACCAUUGACAAACAUUUGGACCAAAUAUUGGAGGAUACACAACUCUCACAUUCACUUGAAAGAGAACGUAAGAACUCUAUAAAUUCCCUUUUUGGCAGUAGUGCAUCUCCACCAGCGUCUGGUCCGGGGACGCGUCGGGGGAGUUACAUAUCUGAACGUGAUAGAAGAAGCAGCUCAUCGCUGAUAAAUUUCCGUCGAGGCUCCAUGACCAAUAACCCAAAUAACAAUACUAAUGAAGUAAGCAAUCUUUCAAAGUCUUUAAAUGGUAGUGGUGGAGAUACCUCUUAUGAUGAAUAUGCCAUAGAUGAAUCUCCAUUUGGUCCACUUAAAAAUCUGACUACUAGGAAAACGUUUGCGUACCUUAUUGCUAUUUUGAAUACAACCUAUCCAGAUCAUGACUUUUCAAACUUACAACCUUCAACUGAAAACUUUCAUAAAUUAAACUCUCCAGAAGAAUUGAUUCAUAAAUUCAAUAACGUGAUGAUUUCCUUGGGCAAAAAGGAAGACCUUUUAAAUUGGAUCUGGGAUACUGUGAACCUGUACAUGGACAUAAUACCUCCCAAAGGCGCUACAACUACUGGUGGAUCUGGUAAUGGCAGUUCAUCCCGGGUCAAUAGUGUUUCCUCUUACAAUACCCCAUUGACCCCGGCGGAUCUGCCACCACUGGGUAAUAACAAUUCAUUUGAAGGAUGUCAAAUAUAUGAGUUUCAACCUACCGACCAGUCCAUUUUAGAGGACUUGAACUAUCCAUACCAAUCUAUGUGGUCAUAUUAUUGGUUCAUUUAUAACAAAAAGAAGAAGAGAGUAUCGUUCUUGUACUUGAAUGCUAUCAAUAAAAUUCAUUACUCCAUGGUCAACAGUAAGAGAACUUCAUCAUCUAGUAGGAGGAAUGAUGAUAGAAAUGGAGGUGAGAGUAAUGGUACCCACGGGGGUGAAGAUGAUGAUGAAGACGACGAUGAUGAAAUGUACAUGGAUGACUAUAUGGAAGAAGAAGUCAUGAUGGAUGAUGAUGAUGACAUGGAUGAUGAUGUAGUUGGGGGCCUUGAAAUCUAG